AUGGCAGAAACACUUGGUGAAGUACUUGCUAAUGUACCUAGAGAGAUUCUACCUGCACUUGAAAAGAUCAUCACACUAAUUGACCCACAAUUUCUGUCAUUAGUUGCUGAUGUUCUUUCUAUUGUGCCUCAUGAUAUCUUGUUAGGCAUAAUUAGAUCAAAACCUGAUUCCAAAGUUAGAAUCAUUGAGUAUAUUGAGAAUGAAGAUUGA